CACAUGUCAAUUUAAUUUGUUGUUGUUACACCAUGUUAUGUUACGUUUAUUACCGCAAAGUUGAAUGUAAAGAAUGGUUGAUAUAAAUAAAUACCUCGAAAGCCAACUGGCGCUUGCUAAACAAAAAUGUGACAUAAAAACGAAUUCUAAAAAGUCCUCUGUCUCAGAGAAAAGUAAGGUGGCUGCUGAGUUAAUAUCCAAGAAACAGGACAAAUCUUCGGUAGAUAAAAAAUCUUCUAAUUCUAAACAUGUUCCAAAAGAUAACGUAGAAGUAUCACAUGCUCCUACUCCUAGUACGUCUGCGGCGCGAGACUCUGAUGAAGGCAGCGAAUAUUUACCUUCUGGCGAAGAUGAAGAAGACGCGGAGAUACCUAACAUUAACAUCCCUGCAUUCCCUACUUCGUCGCGCACCAAACAAAACUUGAAGAAAAUAUUUGAUGACGGGGACACACAACUCUACAGUGAAAGGUUAGAUAUUUGGAAAAAAAACCUUACAGCAGCUCACUCUGGAAAUUACGAAGGAGAUUUAUUAUCAGCAGAUAUUAACUUCGUUUUAGACGGCAACAAGGAUGUGGAUGAAUUACAUGAACUACAAAAUGGUCUUAAUGUGCCUAUAUACAUUUGGAAACAAUUGUAUAAAUAUCAAAAGAUUGGUGUCAAGUGGUUGUGGGAAUUGCAUCAGGUGCAGUCUGGAGGUUUGCUUGGAGAUGAAAUGGGUUUAGGAAAAACUGUACAAAUAAUAGCAUUCCUUGCUGGAUUGUCCAAGACCCAUCUAGGCAGCUGGGGUGGACUUGGUCCGUCCAUAAUAGUGGCACCAGCUACAGUUAUUUACCAGUGGGUGACACACUUCCACUACUGGUGCCCUUAUAUUAGAGUUGCUGUGCUCCACCACUCUGGCUCCCACUCUGGAAAUCACAACAGACUUAUUCGGGAUCUGCAUGAUUCUCAUGGCAUCUUACUUAUAACAUAUGCUGGUGUUGUCAAAUACAGUAAAGACCUGAUGGCUAGAAAAUGGCAUUACAUGAUAUUGGAUGAAGGCCACAAAAUCAGAAAUCCUGAAACUCAAGUUAGUAAGUUUGUUAAGAAAUUCCAGACACCUCAUAAAAUACUGAUUACUGGAUCACCUAUGCAGAAUAGUUUACAAGAACUGUGGUCAUUAUUUGACUUUAUGAGACCUGGCCUUCUCGGCACUUACAAUGCGUUUAUGGAACAUUUUGCUCAACCCAUAACCCAAGGAGGUUAUGCCAAUGCAACUGAAUUCCAAGAAGCAACAGCAUUGGAAAUUGCAAAAGCUCUGAAAAAUAUGAUCACACCAUACAUGUUGCGCAGAACCAAAGCCGAAGUCCAGGAACAUAUAAAACUGCCUGAGAAAAAUGAACAGGUACUUUUCUGUGCCUUAAGCCAAGAACAGAGAGAUCUGUAUAUGGGUUAUCUCAUGAGUUCAACUGUGAGAAGUAUACUAGAUAAAGAAAGCAGAUAUGGUGAUCCACUCAGAGCCAGAGUGUUAGUUGCUCUAUCAACAUUAAGAAAAAUCUGCAACCAUCCUGAUUUGUAUCUAUAUGAAGCACAAGAGGAAUGUGAAAAAAUUGAUGAACAAUCAUUUGGUUCUUGGAAAAGAUCUGGUAAAAUGACAGUAGUACAUUCUCUGUUGAAGAUUUGGCAGAAACAAGGACACAGAGCCUUGAUAUUUUCACAAUCAAGAGCAAUGCUAUGUUUACUGGAACAGUAUUUACAAAAUCAAGAUUAUAAAUACUUAAAAAUGGAUGGCACAGUAAGUGUUGGUAUUAGGCAAAAUUUAAUUAAAACCUUCAAUGAAAAUCCAGAGUAUCUGGUAUUCCUGUCAACCACAAGAGUUGGAGGCUUAGGAGUCAACCUAACAGGGGCUGAUAGGGUCAUUAUUUAUGACCCUGAUUGGAAUCCAGCUACAGACAGCCAAGCCAAAGAGAGAGCUUGGAGAAUUGGCCAGCAGAGAAAUGUUACUGUGUAUAGACUUUUAUCUGGAGGUACUAUUGAAGAAAAAAUAUACCAAAGGCAAAUAUUUAAACAUUUUCUAAGCAAUAAAAUACUAAUAGAUCCAAAUCAGAAGAAUGUUUUAACAACUAGCACAUUACAAGGCCUUUUCACUUUUGAUGAACCAAAUUGUGAAGGAGAUACUGAAACUGCAGCUCUUUUCAAACAUACAAAGGUCAAUGUUAAUCAUAAAAAACAAGACACAGAUAAUCAAAUACCUAAAAAUAGUAGAAACUCAUUAUCACAAAAGAAAUUAGAAGAAAUGAGAAGAAGGGCCAGGGAAAUAAGCAGAAAAAUUGCUAGUAAUGUUAAACCAAAAGUCACAGAAGAUGCAGAAGAUCCUCGCGAAAAAUACAAGAAAAAAAGAGAUCACCUUUUAAAUCCUCCUGUUGUUCAUCCACCCGAAAUAAAUUUGAUUGAUGAUAAAGUAACAAAUGUUCCGUUUGACAGUGUUUUAUCAGAGUUAGAUAUCAUAAAUAUGCACUCCAAAAAGGAUUAUGAAGAAAAUUUACUCAAAGAAGCGCUUAAUCCCAAGGAAACUGAAUUAGAGGAGGGUGAAGUGUCUGGUGAUGGAGAUGACGACAUGCAAAAUGCAUGUAGUAAGAACAAUUCUGAUCAACCAGAAAUUGUUAGUGGUGGUGAGGAUUCUGAGCACCUACAAGAUUCAUCAAUACCAUCAGAAACUGUACCUGAUAGUAAGAUAGAUGACAAGAUUAAUGAUCAAUCAAACCCACCAAAAACUGUACCUGGUGAUGGCAAAAUUCCUGAUAAGCAUCACAGAUCAAAGCGCAAAAGGAAACAUUCCCCAGAUAUUUCCGAACCAGAAAUAGAGAACUUAAUAGCCGUUAAGAAGGUCAAGAAUAAGAAAAGUAAGAGGGAAAAAGAAAAAAAUCGUAACGACGACGAUUACGUAUUGAGCAAGUUGUUCGCAAAAGCUGGAGUAAAGAAUGCAUUACAGCAUGAUGUGGUAGUAGGAUUGGCUGAAAAAGAGAAGAGGCAUAGAUUGAAAGAAGAAGCCACUAAAAAGGCGAGACAUGCUGUUAGAGCUGUAAAGUUCUCUACAAAAUAAUCUCUAUUAUAUUAUAAGUAUUAUAACUAGGUCCUUUAAGGAAUAUGUAAAUUUUUUAUAUUAAAUUUUAAUAUUUACUUCAUUGGGCUCGAUUUCGAUUUAGGUAUUUAAGAACAAAUUGAAUAUACAGUAACACGAUGA